CUCGAGUGCCUCCGUCCCAGAAGAGGCCGUCCCCCGGCGCAGCGUAGAUUGGCUGGCUGGGGUGUGUGGGCGGAUCGCUCGGCGAAGGCAUCACCUUGAGGCUUGGUCGUUCACCGUUGCAGGGCUGCGAGCUGGAUUCGGGGGCUGGCUGCUUGUCACAACGGUCCGCCGCCUCGACGACGACUUAAUCGCAAUUUGGACAGGGAACGACACGCUGGGGCCCCCUCGACCGCUGUCUGACCCACCCCGCUGGCAACGGUUUGGUCACCACGGGCUCCUCACUGACGCCGCUACGAGCGAACGGGCUUCGUGCUGAAUCUCGCCAACCGCUCAUCGUACUUGAACGCUGCAGGCCCGACGUCCUGGCGCACUACAUCUGCCUGUAUCUGUCCCUCUCGACUCCGUUUGCCAUCUCGUCAUCGCUUGCUCACUCCCCUCCACCUCACCCAUCUGUUACGCAGCCCGCCCUGUCGUGACCCGUGACUCUUCCCUUCUCCAUGGCAAUGCAUCUUGCCAGUAUGGUACACGGCAGCGUACGAGAGCGCGACGUCUUCCAGCAACCCGCACACCCCGUCUACUACCAGCACACACAGCCUCGCGCCUAUCCCGUCUCGACGCCCGCCUACACAGCACUGGACGACUACCACCACCAGCAGCGACAACGCCCCCAGUCGCCGCCCUCGCCGCCCGCAGAGGAGCAGAAGCCCUCGCUGCCCUCCAUCUCGGCCCUCCUGGAAUUUGCUGGUGGUGAAAAGGCUGCGUCCGAAACAGCUGGCCAGAGUCCCCGCUCACAACGGCACUCGACCUCGCCGCAGAUACGGCAGGCCCAGCACAGAGGCGCAGGAGCCAUGCAGCAACCCCAGCAACUACCAACAAGUCGUGUUGAGCAGCCAAAUACUUACUCUCACGCACCCACACUCCUCAACACCUCCAGGAUGACUCUGCCCCCCACGCCACCAAUGCACCCAGAUGCUACUGGCGACGGCAACCAGUCGCCUUCUACCAUCUCAACCCACUCUGCCGCGUCAACGCCCUACUUCAUGGGCGGCUCUCUCAACAACAUGGAGCCCCACCACCAGCGGCAAUCCAUCUCAUCAAUGCCUCUAUCCAUGAAACGGGAUUCACUACCGUCGCACUCCAUGUCACCCUACGGCAGUUCCAUGUACGCGCAGUCUCCCUACCUCUCUUCCCCAGGGGCUGCUUCAACAACAUCAUUCUACUCGCCAGAGCAACACUCAUAUAACGGUCUGUAUGCGCAACGACCACUGCCUUCCAACUAUCAGCCCACAAUGCCGCUGCCUGUCCCUGUACCAACCCCGUCGGCGAACGGGUCGAAUCCAUGGCAACACCACCACUACAUCAGCACAUCCAGCCAGUCCGCAUUUCCACAAUCUCAAGAUCGUUACAUCUGCUCCACCUGCAACAAGGCCUUCUCACGUCCAAGUAGCCUGCGCAUUCACAGCCAUAGCCACACAGGGGAGAAGCCCUACAAAUGCCCCCAGUCUGGAUGCGGCAAGGCUUUCAGUGUACGGAGUAACAUGAAACGACACGAACGCGGCUGCCACGCCGCGACAAGUACCACCAUUACGACAUAACGAUUUAAAACUUAUUCUCGACUACUCAUCGUCUGAUCAUCGCUGCGUGUAUCUGCAAGUAAUUUGUAUUGGUAUACGACGGCCGCAUGUGUUCGUUGUGGCAUAUAUCGCCCUCUGACACCAUCUGGGCGGCUUUCCUAUUGGCGUUGCCGGACAUGGCGCUAAAUUUCUCUCUGCAUUUCACCGGCGUUUUACAUAUGUUCUUUUCAUCGCCAUGAGGUUGCGAUCUUGUACGUCUAUUAUCGUCGGAAUGAAGCUGCAUUGGCAGCAGUGCUCGUGAAGAGCUCAGGAUAUCUCGGUUGGAACCGUUGCGAUGAAGUUGGGUUCAUUUCUAUGUAUCAUAGUAAAGACAAUGCUUAAGCAUUCGAGGCUUGGACAAAUGUCAAAAGAGAUCAUCACAUCAACCUCC